AGAGAGAGAGAGGGAGAGAGGGAGGGCGAGAGAGAGAGAGAUUGAUUGGGAAGUGGGCAUGUUUGGAUGCUUCAUGUAUCUUGAUUUUGGUUCUUAGAAAUGGAGAGAGAGAGAGAGAGAGAGAGAGAGAAUGUUUGGUUGUGUCAUGUAUCUUGAUUUCGGUCCUUAAAAAUGGGUUUUGUUUCUCUUCUGGGGAGUGAUUGAAAACCAUUUGUAUUUUUCCAAGUGUUUUUUUUUUUGCCCCUUUCUUUUCAAUUUUCAAUUUUUUUGGGGGAUUUAUGGGUAAUUUUUAGUGUUGUAAAUGGGCUUGUUUGGUUGUUGUAUGUAUUUUGUUUUUGUUCAUAAAAAUUGGUUUUUUCCUUAGCUACUUUGAGGGGUAAUUGAAACCUUCGUUUUAGAUUUUUGUAGGUAUUUUUCCUUUGGGCAAUGUCACUGUUAGAGAUGGGUUUGUUUGGUUAUUUUAUGUUUCUCAAAUUUGUUCAUUGAAUUGGGUUUUUCCCUCUUUUUUGAGGACUGCCUUUUAACAAUAGUUAGAUUUUUUUUUUUCCUCCUCGAGUGAUGGGUAACGUUAGUGUUAGAGAGGAAGGAGGGAGUCCAUCUGGAGUUGGAGUUGAGGAAGGACAAUACCACCCAGGGCCAGGCGGGGCACAUGUUGGCUAUCAUGGGCAUGGGGGGUCAGAGGAGUUGAUGGGCCAGAGCCCUCCUCAUAGCCCCGGCAUGGCGACCCGGUCGCCUUUGGUAUUCACUCCCCAGGUCCCGAUGGUGCCAUUACAGAGGCCUGAUGAGCCGAACAUCUCAGGUUCUGGGUGGAUGCAAAACUCUCCUGAUUACGAAGAUAUGAUUUGUGAGCAAGGAAUUCCAACAAUGAUCACAUGGAGCUAUGGCGGCAAGGAAGUAGCUGUGGAAGGAUCAUGGGAUAACUGGAAGACAAAGAAGCCUUUGCAGAGAUCAGGGAAAGACUUCACCAUUAUGAAGGUGCUUCCAUCGGGUUUCUACCAAUACAGGUUUGUCGUUGAUGGAGAAUGGAGGCAUGCGCCUGACCUUCCAUGGAUGCGUGACGAUCUGGGGAAUGCUUACAACAUUUUAGACUUGCAGGAUUUCGUGCCUGAGGACUUGGGGAGCAUUGCCGGUUUCGAGCCUCCUCAGUCGCCAGAGUCCAGCUACAACAACAUGCAACUUGGCUCAGAGGACUUUGCGAAGGAGCCGCCUGCAGUCCCACCGCACCUGCAGCUGACGUUGCUCAACGUUCCAUCUUACAUGGACGGUCCGGCCCCUUUGUCAAGGCCCCAACAUGUGGUGCUCAAUCAUCUGUACGUGCAGAAGGGGAAGAGCGGUCAGCCUGCGGUGGCACUUGGUUCGACCCACCGGUUUCUAGCCAAGUACGUCACUGUGGUUCUCUACAAGUCUCCUCAGAGGUAAUAGGUUUACUACCCUUGAUUUUGUGGAUGGUAGAUCGAGUCAGUGCUUCUCUAAUGCGGCCGCAUGUGCCAGCCUCGCAUGUUUUUAGGACAUCUGAAUGGUUAAUCGGGUGGGCCCCACUGCAUAGGAGAUGCAGAUUUGUCAGGUGGGCAAUGCGUGUAUGCUGAAUGGGGACCGUUGGCAAUUUGCAUGAAGUGUCCAUCGUGUUCAUACACUUGUGGCCCACCUGAUUCUUGGGUUGGAUGACGGCUCAGUUGCCCUGCAUGCAUGCUUGGUUGGCGAGUGUGGCCAUGUUUGAACUAAUGGAGAUUAUUCUAUGAUGUAAACGAUGUAAUUGUCAUGUGUUAUGGCCUUUUACUAUGUAACUCUGAAGAGAGUACACUACAGGAAAGUUUGAUAUAACAGCUGGAUUUGAAAUUUUC